CCCCCUUCCCCACCUCUCAUCACCCCCUUCCUGCCUCCUCCUUGUCUUUCGAAGCCUAGAGCGUCAUGCUCCGCCGGACGAAGAGCAUUGUCGGCGCACGAGUCCGCUCGAAGCAGCAGCAAGCCGUCUUCCCGAAUGCCGACGGCACUGACGCCGCUCCCGGGUCGGUCCCGCCCUCCGGGCGCCCGCUCGGCCCCGGACCCGAUGGCGGAGACCUCCUCGCCGUGGUGGCGGCCCACUCCUCUGGGGCCAGUGUGUCCGGCGUUGGCAGCGAGCAUGGCACCUUUCGGCCUGAGGGCGCCCCGGUGCGCCAGCGCAAGCUGACCAUGUCCCGCAAGUCUGCCCGCUAUGACGAGUACAUGUACUUCUCCCAGUGCAUCCGUCCCUGGAUUGAGCGUCGCAUUGGCCGGGCCUUGGACGAGGAUGCCGACCUGAUCUCGGCCCUGCAGCGGGGCCCGGCCUUCCACGAGCUGGCCUUCAGCUUGUUGCCCGAUGUCGUCGGUCGCGGUCCCGAGGAUCGCGCAUAUCGAGACAUGUCGGAGCCCUUCCUCCGGAGUGUGGCCAUCAACUCGGCCAGCAUCUUUGUCGAUGCCGUGGCUCGACACACGGGGACAGAUCCAUCGGACAUCUUUUCGCCGAUCGAGUUCCAGUCAAUCCCGCGGCUGACCACCUCGGAGACGGCCGACUCUGACUCCCGGGGUGACAACAUCGCCAUGAUCCAGCGCCUGAAGGUUGUCCAGGCCCUGGAAGCGGUGGCCAUCAACCUGGACAACUUCAAUCCCGACGACUUUGUCUCCCAGCCUGAUGAGGAUGGGCAUCUGAGCGGUGGCGAGGCAUCCUCCUCGGAGCCCGGAUCCUCCUCUGUCGUUGAGCCUGAGCCCGUCAUCAAGGCGCUGCUCCCGGUUGAAAAGGAGCCUCUCCUUGAGCCUACGGAUCAGUCGAUUGUUGCGGUUACCGAUGGACCUGAGUUCACGACCACGGCCGACACUGAUGCCGGGUCCGUGCCUGCCUCUGGUUCCGAGUCGGUUGUCGGGUCGACUGCUGGGCCCGUUGUUGAGUCCGUUGUUGAGACAAUUAUUGAGCACGCUCUUGAGCCAACCAUCGAGCCAGUCGUCGAGCCGGCCGUCGAGCCGGCCGUCGAGCCUGCCGUCGAGCCUGCCGUCGAGCCUGCCGUCGAGCCGGCCGUCGAGCCUGCCGUCGAGUUGGUCGAGGAAUCGAUUGUCCAGCCAGCCGUCGAGCCCAUCAUCACAUCCUCACUUACCACGGGGCUUGUGCUUGCGCCUGACACCGAUGCCGCGCUUGCCAAUGUGUCCGAACCCAUCGGCGAGCCGGCCUCUCCGUCCUCCCCCGAUACCGAUCACAUUCACAUGCCGGAGCUCCAGCCUGUUCUGGAGGAUGACUCCCCCUCGGCUAGCGGCGACGAGUCGGAUGCCUCUUCGGCGUCGGAGAUUUCGCUCCCCCCUUUGGAGGCGGUCGCCGCGGCGGCGGCCCGGCCGUUGACCCCCCGAACCCCGGGCGGCGGCCUGGCCCUGGCGGCCAGCAGCGUGCCCGGCGUCGGGGCCGGUGGUGGCGAUGACGACGACGAGGACGAGGGCGAAGAGGCGUUCUUCUGUCUGAACCCGAUGGCCGUGGCCAAAUAUGCCCGGAGCAAUGAGGUGCUGAAUCUUCUGCAGCAGAGCCCCGCCUUCAAUCGGACUUUCUCCUUCACCUCCACCUCGGAGUCCGUUUCCGAUCCGCUGAUCAGCACAUCGGUCAGCGAGAUCCUCGAGCGUUCGGCGGAUUCCCUUCGAUGGUCGCUCCCGAGCCCGGUGGCCGGCGAGCCGGGGUCCCCCUCGCGUGCGGGGCCUGACGGGGCCUGGGGCCCGGCUCGAGGCCGGCCACCGGCGCCCUCUCGGCCCCCGCAAUAUGGGUCCAGUCCGCUGUCACGGUCACUGUCCAGUGUCAGCUCGCGGCCUGUGUCCAUGCAUGUGGGCGGCACAUGGGGGGACUUCUCCAUCGACACGCCACUCCCUCUGGAUCCGGAGGCCCGGCGCCGGCUCUGCUCCACCACCCUGCCCAUGAAGCUGUCUCCGAAGGCCGAGGAGGCCGCCGGGGUUGCCGCGUCUGCGGCCCCUCCAACGGGGCGGCCGCCAGUUCGCCCGGCCAGCGCCGGUGCCGGCACCAGCAGCUCCACCACCGGCGCCAGCUGCCCGGACGGCACCGGCAUCGAUCCCAGUCAGCUGGACCCCCUGGUAAUGGAGGACUUGGAGCUGUUGCUCCAGUGCCCGAACAACCUGCGCGCCGCUCAUCGCGCCUGCAUGGAGCGCGGCGCCGACAAGACGGCCUUCCUGCUGGAGCAUUUGACCGAAAUGACCAAUGACAAUCGGAGUCCCAUGGACAUCGCAUCCAUCCACAUGACCCUGCAGUCUUUGUCGCAGAGGGAUGAGGACUCACUUUCGCGGCAGGUUCGGCCUCGGGUCCCCUCGGCCGUGGUCAUUCGACGGAAUCGCGUGCCCAAGAUCACUUCCCCGGUGCCAGCUGCCUCGCUGGUCCCGUCCCCUGAGCCUGCUCCGGCCAUGAUGGCCAGCCUUUCGCAGCCGCCCGUCAGCGGCCAGGAGCCCAUCAGCAUGCAGGAGCAGACCAAUGUCCCGGAGCACACAAGCACCCCGGAGCCGGUCAGCAACCGGCGUAGCCUCUUCGGCAAGCUGGAUCGUUUUCUGAAUCGCUCAUCAGACUCGACGCCCCCGAGCGGGGCCUCCUCUUCAUCCGGCCCGGUGAGCCCAUCCCCCGGUGCUUUGAAGCGCCACUCGAGCAUCCUCCGGGUGUCAUCAUCCAACCCACCUGCCUUUACUCUGAUCCCCGAUCCCACCCCGGAGAUGGUCCCGUCUCCGACUCCGGCUCCGGCUCCCCUUCCAGCCGCGGCUCCGGCCUCGACGCCGGCAGCCGAUCGUCGUCCUGAUUUGACGAUCGACAUCCCGGGUGGAUCAUCGGCCACCCCACCCGUCCGGCCUCUGUCAAAGCACCCGCAGCCUUCGCAGUCGUCUGCACACCUCCCGGCACGGAAUCUUGCGGGGCCAAUUCCCGCCCAUGAGCCCGAGCACACAUUGGCGCAUGGCUGCCUGCCAGGGCCGCCGCUUCCGGGGACUUCCAUUCCGACGGAUCUGUCGCUGGAAUAUGCCUUGACGAUGGCCGGGUCCGGGUGUGCUUUCGACCCGAAUUCCCACUUUUGGUACAGUUGCGGAUUGAGCAGUCUGGAUCCGCCGGGCCUCGGGCGUCAGGCCACCGCGGCAUUAUUGACCCUGCCGCCGGGGGUUGGGCCGGCUGCCCCGGCCGGCCCGCACUCCCUGGCUCCGUGCAACAUCUGUCUUUCGUGCGAUGAGCGCUGGUCCCGGAUCCUGGAGUCGGUCUCCCUGCCCGACAGCUGGACCAAGCUGGUCGGGUCGGAGCGCGUGGCUGAGUUGGGGCUGCCGAUGACCGAGCACAAGCGCCAGGAGGCCAUCUAUGAGCUGCUCUUCACGGAGUUGCUCUUCACCGGCGACAUGUCGCUCAUGCGGAAUGUGGCCCGCAUGGCGGUGGGCGGCUGCCCGGGAGCUCACUCGGAGGUGCUGGCCCCGCAUUUCUACCAGCCCCUGGUGACCUCCUCGCUGUUGAAGAUCACCCCCCGGACGCGGCGGUUGUCGUUGACCCUGUCGGCGUCGGCCGCGGCGGCCGGGCACUCGCCCCUCCCCCCGGCCUCCCCGACAUCCAAGCGUGCCUCCAUCCAUGUGUCCGGCUCGACGGACUCCCUUCUGGCAAGCCCCGGGGCUGGGUCCGGCAAUUAUCUCUCCUCGCUAGAGCAGCAGAGUCAGCAGGCAGCUUCGUCACCAUCGGCCGGCUUCUCCGGCCUUCGGUCCCCGUCGGCCACCGAAACCGAGCUGAUGGCCGGCCAGCCGUGCUCCUGUCCAUUGCCGCAUCUGCCCCGGGUGGAUGGGGCCUUCCAAUUCGGUCGCCGAGCCGAGGAGAUGGUCGCCUCGCCGGCUGCCACAAGCGCCGCCCAUGCUUCCGGGGAUUCUCCCGGCCCGGCGCGUGGGCUCCCCACCACGGCCUAUCAGCCGGGCCUGCUGACGCAGCAGGAGGCCGCCUCGCUGUUCGGCACUUCGGCCGCUCUGCUGGACCUCUCUCGGCGGGUGUCAAUGGCUCUGCUGAGCAGUGGGCUCGGUCAUCCGACCGCGCCGGUCCAGAGCAUCGGCCCGGUGCUGGCCUCGCUGGUCCCCCAUCUUCGGACGUUUGCCAAUUACUGCCGGAAUCACCCGAUCGCCCUGGAGAAGUUCAAUCACCUUCAGUCCUCGAAGCGUCUGUACCGGCGCUUCUUUGAAAGCCUGGCCACUGUCACCCCCGAGGCACCCGGGGCCGAAGUGGCCCGGCGAAGCUUUGUCGCCGGGUCGGCCCAAUCGAGUCCGCGCACGCCGGCCGACGGAUCCCAGGACUUCGACCCGUUUGGCAGCACCCCCGGAGACCGGACGCCGCGGGCGCGCUCGACCUCCGCCCCGCUUGCCGGGCUCCGGAAGAAGCCCCUUGACAUCCCGACCCUGCUGAUCAAGCCGGUCCAGCGCAUCUGCCGGUAUCCGCUGCUUCUCAAGGAGAUUAUCAAGAACACGCCGGAGGGCCAUCCGGACCAUGCCUCCCUGUCUGCCACCCUGGCAUCGGUGGAGGAAAUCGUGGCCGAGAUCAACAUGAAUGCCACGGCCCCCAUGGGAGCCGGCGGUGCGUCUUCCUCCGGCACCGGGCAUCGGGCCAGUGCUUCGCUGGUGGGAUCUCCCACGCGUGCGCCAUCCCGGCCAUGCCGGGUCCUUGUUUGUGAGGGCCUGAUUGGGGCCGAUGCCGAUCCCAGUGCCCAGCUUCGCUUCCUGGAGCGCACGGGCUUGCAAACCGGCUCGCGGCGCUUCAUCCGCGGGGAUACGGUUCUCAUGCUGACGCCGGCCGCCGAUGCCCCGGCCGCUGGGGCGGCCGGCUUCCUGGCCGGGGAUCUGGAGGACUCAUCUCGCUGGCGUGUCAAGGCCUUCCACAUGCUGAUGCUCGGAGAACUUGUGAUCCUGGCCUCGCGCGAGAAGAAUGCCUGGGAAAGUAACCGGGCCGCAUCUGCCGGAAUUGGGUCGUCCUCGUCGCUGACCGGUGGCAGCGGUCCUGCUGGUGGCAAUGGCGCCGGCUCGGCCGGGAGCAUGUCGAGCACAGGGUCCGGCGCCUCGGCCGCCUUGCUUGGGAGCAAGGACCUGCGCCUGUCGCACAUGUACUACAGCUGGUCGACGGCGGUGGCGGAAUUCGCCCCGCCCGGGUGGCUGCUCGGCAGCGACCUGGUGACCGAAGAUCUGGCAUCUGGCAUUGUGCCCGGCUUGCAUGGGCUCCUGCUGGCCGACCUGCAGCAGGGGUCCAUUCACCGGUUGGUCUUUUGCUCGGUGCUCGGGGCCGGUACCGGCCCCGGGAGCCCGUCCAUGCUGGGAACCUCGCCCGGAUCGAUGGGAGGCAUGGCCGGUGCCUUUGGCGCUGGCGCUCCGGUGCGCAACUACGCCGAGAAUGCCAGCCUCUCGGGGAUGGCCUCCGUGCAGGCGUGGCUGAAGCACCUCCGCAAGUCGGCACCCGGUGGGACGAACGUCAGUGGCACCGGGUCCGGGGCCGGGAGCCGGCCCCUGGCCGUCCCUCUGGUGGACCUGCCCGGGGGCCAGCGCGCAUCGCUGGUCAGCAGCUCCCGGCAGGAGACCCUGGUGACACAGGUGGCCACUCCGGCGGUUGGGUUCAUCGCCGAGAAGGCGGCCUCGGCCGUGGCGUCCGGUGACUGGCCCGCCGGCCAGUCGCCCACCAGCACCCAGCGUGCCCUUUCUCAUAUGCUCGGCUUCCCGGCCUUCUUUGCGGUGGUCCAGCCGCGGGCUCCGGCCUCCGAGGCUGUCUCGCCGCAAAUGGUCCCGGCGGUGCUCUUCCCGCCGAAUGGCGUGGGCGCCGGCUCGCCCACCUCCUCCUUCUCCAACCUGUAUUUGGCCGGCGGAGCCGCCGGGGCCACCCCCACCGGCAGUGCCCUCUCCAACUCCAACUCCUCGCUGGUGGGCUCGCCGAACUACGGGGCUGGCGCCGGUGGCAGUGGGUCUUCCUCGUCGCUGCUGGCAUCACCGGUCGCCGGGGCCGGGAUGGUCCCAUCUCCCAGCCCGGCAGCCCGGCGGACCUCCUCCGACUCGUCGCAGGGGCUGGCGGCCUCCUUGUCGGACUUGGCGAUGAGUGGCGACUCGGAUGCGUCCGGUGAUCUGGCUCCGGCCAGCAGCGCACUGGAUCUGGUUCGAGCCCUGUCCCGGCGUGGGGCCAAUCGCCUGCGGUCGGCGAGCUUCUCGCGCCGGUACUCCCCGGUCCCGGGGACCAUUGCCACCACCGGCGGGGCCGCUGCCGGCGGCGAGUUGGGCAGCCCUGGGCGACCGCCCGCGGCCAGCACCCCGGCCUCGCCGCUGGCCACGGCCCCGCCGGUGGUCCUGCUGGAUCCGGUUGAGGACACCCUGCUGGCGUAUGAGGCCCUGUCUUUGCCGCCGCCGCCUUCCUCGGCGCCGAGCCAUGUGACUGGCGCCCCUCCCGCCGGCGGGCGUUCUGCCGUGGCCGAGGUCGAGCCGGCAUCGCACUUGCCGCCACUCUCGCGCCCGGGCUCCGUGGUCGGGAGUGCUGCCUCCCUUCACCCGCGGCCGGCGGAUCCCAUGAUCGACUUGCCGGACGAAUCGGAACUCAUCGGCACCACGAUCACAACCCCGCCUCUGACACCGACCAGCUUGGCGGCGGUCGUCGAGUCGCUGGCCGCGGCGCAGGCCGCCACACAGGCCGCCGCCGCGGCCGUUGCUGCGGCGGCCAUUGCCACAGCCGCCCCCGGUUCCGAGAUCCCAGACUCGCAGGAGCCGGAGCCGGGCCCCGGGCGGCCGGGGCCCUUGACCGCCAUCACCCCCCCUCCUGGGGCCGGUAAGCCUCCCUCCGGCACUGGCACCGUGGGGGGAUCUCCUCUCGAUGACGAGACCAAGCUCCCAGUGACCAGCCUGACUGUGCUGGCGUCGGAUUCCGACUACGAUCUCACAUCGACCUUCAGUGAUGACGACUCGGACACCCUCUCCACCGACUGCAGCUCCGACCUCUCGGACUCCCUCUCCCUCUCGGACUCGGAUUCCGACAGCAGCACUGACCUCUAGAGGUGUCCACCUUCCCCUGUCCUUGAUUGCACACAUGGCCAGCCCGGCUGCCUCGUCACUUUCCCCUCCUUCUCCUGGCGUUCCGCCCCCGCUCUUCCCUCUGUGGUGGUGCCGUCAUCGCAGAAGGGGACCUGGGCGUCGGCCAGGCGCGCGUGUUUUUUGGUCCUUGAUGUUGUGUGUGUGUGUGUGUGUGUAU